GACGCCGCGGCCUGGCGCCCCGCGGCGAGGUGGUUGGGGGGGGGGCAGGCCGGGCGCCUCCUCGCCGCUUCCUCCUCCUCUUCCUCCUCCUGCUGGUGCUGCUGCUCGGCGGCUGUCUGCGCCCCCUCCGCGGGGAGCUGCGGCAGACACAACACGGCGUGUCCUGCGGGCAGCGGGCGGCCGCAGCCCCAGCACACAGAUUAACUGACUCCUUUGACAAGUUUAUGGAACUGCCAGCUCUCUGCUUGCUGUAUUUUUCAUUUCUGAGAGGAGAAAGGGGUAUAUGAAAUUAGAGGAAAAUGCCUCGGACAAAGCAGAUACAUCCCAGAAACCUGAGAGACAAGAUUGAGGAAGCACAAAAACAACUUAAUGGAACAGAAGACCAACAGAGAGAAAUCACAGAUGCUGGUAUUAGAGGAACCCCAGAUACAAUUAAGGGUGUGAAAAGAAAAAAGAUUGUAACUGAAAACCAUCUAAAAAAAAUACCAAAAUCACCUUUGAGAAGCCCCACUGAAGCCAAGGUUAAACAAAAUGUAGAGCCUUCACCAUUAAAAGUUCUUCCAGAUGCCUCAGAACACACCAAAGCACAGAAUCAUUUACCUGUGCAAAAUGGAAAUCAGUGUACCAAACAAAAUGGAGGAGCACUUAGUAAUGAGAUAAGCGUUGAAACAACCAAAUCUGAGACAUCAGUGCAGACAAAGCUUUCACUGGCACAUCAGUCCUUGGAGCUGAAUAAACAGACAGUGGAGGAUUCUGAUGCAAAGCAAUUAAACUUGCCAGAGAAGUCUCUCCCUAACUCCUUAUCAAGUAAAGCAAAGACUGACAGUAAUGAAUGUAUUACUUUUGAUGAUAGUAGUACUGCCUCCCCAUGUACUCGUACUGCAUUUGAUGUCUUAUUAAAAGCAAUGGAGCCUGAACUGAAUACCUUAACACAAGAGUGCCCCCCUUAUGGGAUGCAGAUAGAGAAACUGAGACCAAAUAAAACUGUAAGCACCUCUUCUAGUCUCACAUCCAAUACAAUGAGCGUCCAAAAUCCAUCUGUUUUGUCACAGCAUGAGUUGGCAGCUGGAUCGCACUAUUACCCAUGUACUUUAAACAAUGUUCAGGUAGCAACAACAGCUAAGAGUGGACAAGCACAGAUCCAAUCAAUUUCUCAUUCACAAGACCUUAUUACUAAAACCAGUCAACAAAAUCACCAGGUUGUUAUGUGUCCAAGUUUCACUAGAUCGCUGGUGCAACAGCAGAGUCAAGAAAACCCCAAACUCCAGCAGAUAUACAGUAUAGCAGUAACCUCUUCUGUCGUUCACACCUCAUCUUCCGCGGUAACUCAGGUUUUUCCUCAAAACCAGUUAGUAGCUAGUUCAUCCUCACCUUUGCCAGUUAACACAUCCAGUUCCACACAUUUGUCUAUAGGUCCCAUCUACAGUUCAGCCCAGGUAGCAUCAGUUGUAAAUCAUGAUGUAGAACAAAUGUGUAAUCUUCUGAAAGACCAGAAGCCUAAAAAACUAGGGAAAUAUGUCUGUGAGUACUGUAAUCGGGCCUGUGCCAAGCCCAGUGUUCUCCAAAAGCAUAUCCGAUCCCAUACUGGAGAGCGACCAUAUCCUUGUGUGACGUGUGGGUUUUCAUUUAAAACCAAAAGCAAUCUGUACAAGCACAAAAAAUCUCAUGCGCAUGCUAUCAAACUUGGACUUGUUCUACAGCCAGAUUCGGGUGGUCUCUUCUUAUCUCAUGACUCGGACAAAGCGCUUAGUAUUCAUUCAGAUGUGGAAGAAAGUGGUGAAAGUGAAGAUGAAGGCACUGCUGAUGAAAGACAAGAUGAUCAAGAACUGGAACCUACACAAAUAGUGAAAGUCAUUUCGAGUGCAGAAACUUUACGGAAAGGAAGCCCUGUUCCACUGAGCAACCCAGAUUGUAUAGCAGGUGAUUCCUCAUUACAUGAUACAGAACCACAAGUAAGGGCAGCUUUACCAAAAGUAGUAGUUCAUCCUGUUAAUGUUUCUCCUUUAAGGGCUGAUAGUCCAAAAGUCACAGAUUCAGCACCUGAGCUUGCUGCCGCACAGAAAAAAGGAGAUUUUAAAGUGACAAAUCUUCAGUCAAAUGUUACACAGACUGCUUCAUUCAAGGAGAAUGAUGUAAAGCAACAACAGAAGAUAGAAAUGGGCCUUUCAGAGGAACAGGUAGGGUCUGCAAUAGGAGCUGUUCAUGCUCAGCUCCAGAGACAGCAGGCAACUGAUUGUUCCCAAGAUCAGCAAGGAAAAUGCCUUUUGAGCCCUAGAAGUUUAGGCAGUACUGAUUCUGGUUAUUUUUCUCGAUCUGAAAGUGCUGAUCAAACAAUGAGCCCACCAGCUCCUUUCGCAAGAGGAUUGCUGACCUCGGAAAAAGACCCAAAUAAAAAUCUGCCUUGUGUGCCACGAGCAAGUGGAAUAGUAGCAUCUGUGGUUCAGACAGUUUGUACUGAAAAAAAUAUGGUUAUCUCUGGCCAAAUGCGACCACCCAUGGCAACAAAAACCCUUGAGGAGCGUAUCUCAAAGUUAAUUUCUGAUAAUGAAGCUGUCGUGGAUGACAAACAGUUAGAUAGUGUGAAACCAAGAAGAACAUCUCUUUCAAGAAGAGGAAGCAUAGAUUCACCAAAAUCCUACAUAUUUAAGGAUUCCUUCCAAUUUGACUUAAAGCCCAUGGGAAGAAGAACUAGUUCAAGCUCUGAUAUACCAAAGUCUCCUUUCACACCCACAGAAAAAUCAAAGCAAGUUUUCCUUCUGUCUGUACCAUCCCUUGACUGUUUACCUAUAACAAGAAGUAAUUCAAUGCCUACCACCAGUUAUUCAGCCGUACCUCCAAAUGUAAUACCUCCCCCUCAUCCACUUCGAGGAAGUCAGUCGUUUGAUGAUAAAAUUGGCUCCUUAUAUGAUGAUGUUUUUGUAUCAGGACCUGCUACUCCACUGAACCAAGGUGGACAUCCUCGGACCCUUGUUCGACAGGCAGCAAUAGAGGAUUCUUCUACUGGUGAAAGUCAAGUUCUUGGACCUGUACGAUCAGUAGAAGAAAGUUAUCUUGGAUGUAACUUAUCAAAUGAAUCUUUAUUGCAAAGGAGCAAGUCGCUGGCACAAGGAUCAAACUUAGAAAAAGCAAAGAAGUCACCUCAAGUGCGAGGAACAAUGUUUGAGUGUGAAACCUGCAGAAACAGAUACAGAAAACUGGAAAAUUUUGAAAACCACAAGAAGUUUUAUUGUUCAGAAUUGCAUGGACCUAAAACUAAAGCUGCAAUCCGAGAGCCUGAGCAUAAAACUGUCCCCAGUAGUACCCAACCUCAAAUUCUGCACUACAGAGUCACUAGUUCAACUGGUGUCUGGGAACAGACACCUCAGAUACGGAAAAGAAGGAAAAUGAAAAGCGUUGGGGAUGACGAUGACCCACAAAAUGAUAUGAACAUACCAUCAAAGAAUGCAGACAGCCAGAGUAAACCAUCAAAUUCUUCCAGUCUGCCAAAACACAGUGCAACAGUAGUAGGUUCACAGCAGCAAAGCAAUGUUGUACUUCAGAGUUCACAAAUUCAGCUUGUGGCUCGAGGCACAGAUCAAACUACUGAGCCAAAGAUGGCUCCACUUAUUGAAAAGCAGACAAGUUCAGUUGUGCAAGAAAAGGUGGAGUUGAAAAGGCAAGGGACUGGCAUUUCAGUAAUACAGCAUACUAAUUCACUGAGCAGAAAUAGCUCAUUUGAGAAAUCAGAGUCUUUUGAAAGAGUAUCACCAGUUUCUUUUCAAGAGCCCAACAAGGUUACAAAGCACCGCUCUUUGAAUACAAUUGUAAUCCAGGAGGACAGACACUGUCAUCUGAAUACUUCCCCGCAUCAUCAGCCACUAUCAUCAGAAACGCCUAGGGGGGAAGCUCAGGGAAGUCAGAUAGUUUCUCAUGAAAGAAGUACACCGCUUCAGCCAUCAAGACUUGUUCGCCAACAUAACAUCCAGGUUCCUGAAAUACUGGUCACAGAAGAACCAGACAGAGACCAAGAAAACCAAUACAGUGAUCAGGAAAAGACAGAAAGAUUUAACUGGCCACAGCGUAGUGAAACACUGUCAAAAUUGCCCACAGAAAAACUUCCACCAAAGAAGAAAAGAAUUCGCUUGGCUGAAAUGGAACAUUCAUCUGCUGAAUCAAGCAUUGACUCCACGCUUUCCAGAAGUCUAAGUCGGGAGAGUAGUUUGUCUCAUGCCUCUAGUUUCUCAGCUUCACUUGAUAAAGACGAAAUUUCCAAGGCUGAGAAUUCUUCCAGAGUAGAGCUCAUUAAUAAGUCAACAGAAUUCCUUAUGAUUCCUGCUGGCUCUAAUGUACUGGGUGUGCCAGGCCCUCAUUACAGGGAAAUGAGACGUGCUGCAUCUGAGCAGAUCAGCUGCACACAGCCAUCAAUGGAGGUUGCAGACUACAGGAGUAAGUCUUUCGACUGUGGAAGUAUGUCUCCAUCAAAACCUGCCUCAGCUGUAGAGGUAGCUGCUCCAAAAUUGUCUUCUGGAAAUGGUGUCACUGGACAUGUGCCUCUGCUAGAAAGGAGGAGGGGACCAUUUGUAAGACAAAUAUCUUUAAAUAUUGCUCCAGAAAAUCAUCAGCCUCAAAUUAAAUCGGUUUCUUCAUUUCAGACCGCUCAGGCUACGGAUGUGCCCACAGUGCCGUUUCACAGAUUGCAGACCUCCAUCAAGUCUUCAGUGGAGUUUCCUUCAAGUACUCAGCAUUCACAGACUCACUCCAGGCCUCACUCUGCAAUUCAGAAUUGUAAUCCUGUUAGUCUGUCUUCAGUUCAGCAGCCUCCAGAUCAUGUUUUGAAUAAUCUGGGACAGCCAUCCUUGCAUCAGCCUCCCCAGACAUCUACUAAAACCUCAGCCCAAGGAGAACAAGCAAAUACAUACACACUUUCAUGUCACCUCACUGAAAAAAAGGAUUGUUUUGCACCUAAGUAUCAACUUCAAGUUAAAACAUUACAUAUAGGUCAGCCAUACUCUUCUAAACUAUUAAAAAAUACUUUAGCAACCCAGACUGUUCCAAGUCAAGUUGGGGUGGACCAGAACGCAUCCUCCUUUGAAAUGCAGACUAAAUUGUCUGAUAAUGUGUCUAAUCCAUAUUCUUUGCCUCCUCUAAAACAGAUUAUCCCUAAUAACUGCAGCAGUCAAAUACAUCAGAUUUCUCCUUUUGUAGUUCCUGUCCGUAUUCAUAGUAGUAUGCCGUCCUAUGGCUUUGCAACAGUUACACCCCUUCCUCACAUUUUAGUGACCCAGGAGCAAGUAAAUCAAUCUGUUUGUAAAACAAAUGCUGUGACAGUGCCAAUGCUUGAAGGUAAAACUCAGCUGCCAAAAUCUCACAAAGACUGUCAGAGGACUUUGCCAAAUUCAUUUGAAUUUGAAAAUUCACUACCUGAUAAUGGAACCAGAAAUUCACCUUUGUCUAGCUCUUUGAAUAUUAUUCAGAAAGUGCCAGUUAGUGGACUCUUCCCUCAACAGGAAGCUACAGCUUCAAGUAAACGAAUGCUUUCCCCAGCCAACAGUUUAGAUAUUGCCAUGGAAAAACAGCAAAAACGUGUUAAAGAUGAGAGUGGAGCUGCCUGCAUGACAGAUGCUAGACCAUUGCAUUCACUUAACCUUCGGUCUGGUGACCCUACUAGUAAACAAAAGAAACCAGUUUUGGUGAGACAAGUGUGCACCACAGAGCCUCUUGAAAAUCAUCUGUUAGACCCUGAUGGUGUUCCACAGCAGGAAAAAAGCAGCAAAGCUAGUACUUCAGACCCACUAUUGCCUGACCAUCAUACAUCUGAAACUGGGGUUUCAGAAACCGUAAAGGAGUCAGCAGAAUCAGAAGACCUUCAGUUGUCAGCAUCAGCAGUGCUUGUAGUUAGAAAACCAUCUGAAUUGUCUCCAGUGAAUAAUCAAGCUUCUCUUCCAAAGUCUGUAAGUAGCAGUCAAGAAAGAAGGUCCCCAAGUAUUGCUAAUGAGAGCAAGGAAAUCGGUAGCCAGGGUCAAGCAAAACCUGUAACUACGUUGCCUGCAAUGAACGCAGGAGAACUGCAGAGGUUGUCAUUUCCAAGCCUCAAGACCUCAACAAAUUUUACAUGGUGUUAUCUCAUGAAGAGAAAACCAUUACAUCUGCUGCAGAAUGACCAGAAAAUUUCAGCCUAUUCUACAUGGACCAUUAGCUCCAACAAUCCCAAUCCACUUGGUUUGCCGACAAAGGUAGCUCUUUCCCUCCUCAAUUCAAAACAGAAAGUUGAAAAACCACUGUACACUCAAGCGAGAACUACUCAUCCAAGAUCUGAUGUAUUGGUCUAUUCAAGCAAGUGGAAGAGCAGCUUAACCAAGCGAGCAUUAAAUAGAAAAAAAAUGAUUGCAAGUGAAUUCAGCAAUAAGGAGAACUCUGAAUCAAGCACUGAGCAUGAUAAAGAAAAUUCCUUUACCAAAACUGAACCAAGAAGAGUUAAAAUAUUUGAUGGAGGGUAUAAAUCAAAUGAAGACUAUGUGUAUGUUCGAGGGAGAGGAAGAGGGAAGUAUAUCUGCGAAGAAUGUGGUAUACGUUGUAAGAAACCCAGUAUGCUGAAGAAACAUAUUCGCACACAUACAGAUGUCCGUCCUUACCAUUGCAACUAUUGCAACUUCUCCUUCAAAACUAAAGGAAAUUUGACAAAACACAUGAAGUCAAAGGCACACAGCAAGAAAUGUAUGGAUUUGGGAGUCUCAGUAGGCUUAAUAGAUGACCAGGAUGGAGAAGAAGAAUUUGGUGAGAAGCAAAGAUGUGGCUAUGAACGGUCAGGAUUCGAUGUGGAGGAGUCUGAUGGUGCGGAUGAGGAUGAAAAUGACAAUGAAGAUGAUGAUGAAGACAGCCAAGCUGAGUCAGUCCUAUCUACAACACCCUCUGUUACGGCCAGUCCCCAGCAUCACCCAUCUAGGCACAGCCUGCAGGAUGCCACAAGCGCUGAUGAAGAUACAAGACUUCCAGACUGUUUUGCUGGGGUUCACACAGACUCUAUGGAUGGUCUGCCGAAAGCACUGCUAACAAAGAUGACCGUCCUUAGCACGGUACAGUCCGUUAGCAGGAACUCCAGGUCCCCAUCAGAAUUCACCCAUCAGGAAGCACAUGAUGAUAAAACUCAGGAGAGAGGUCCCAGGAGUGCUAGUGCUACCCUUCCAGAAGUUGCUCCUAGAUCUCCAGGUCGUCAGAUGUCAGUGGAUUACCCGGAUCCAGAAGCAGCCUUGGGGCGUUCUUUGAUGUCAACUGCAGUUCUUACAAAGAGCACACCCUCUGUCAGCUCUCCCUCAUCGCCAGUGGACCAGAGCAUGCAGACAACAGGGUCAUCACACUACGCUGAAACUCAAGAAGAGAAGCUCCCUGGGUGCCCACAGCAUGCUGCAGAAUUGAGAGCUCCUCAGACUCAUCUCUUCAGCCACCUUCCUCUGCAUUCGCAGCAGCAGGCCAAGACACCUUAUGGCAUGGUACCGGUAGGGGGAAUUCAGGUGGUGCCUGCUGGCCUGGCCACAUACUCCACGUUUGUACCAAUUCAAGCGGGGCCAGUGCAACUCACUAUUCCUGCUGUUAGUGUGAUUCACAGAACUACAAGUGCUCUUGGCGACACAGGUUGUGUGGUCUCCAGCACCGCAAAUCCAAUAGGAGUUGCUGAAGUAAACAGUGUUGUGCCAUGUAUUCCCAUAGGUCAGAUUAAUGUGCCAGGCAUCCAGAGUCUCAGCACACCAAGCUUACAGCCUCUUCCACCAUUAGGCAUGGAGACAGUGAAUAUCUUAGGCCUGACAAACACAAACAUAGCCCCACAGAUACGCCCUUCAGGAAUUACUCUAAAUGCCGUGGGCCUACAAGUUUUGACUGCCAAUGCUUCUUCACAGAGCAAUCCCAACCCUCAGACACACAUUCCAGGUUUGCAAAUACUGAACAUAGCAUUGCCUACUUUAAUCCCUUCCGUCAGCCCAGUAAGUGUUGAUGGACAAGGAGCUUCUGAAACACCAGCUUCAAAUAACAAAGCCUGUGAUGUUCAACAAGAGCUGCCUCCUGUGAACUUCCCUGCAGCCGACAUCAGUCAGGUCGCCAGGGCUGCUUCUCCUCAGGUGGCACCCAGUGUCCAGCGGUACAAUGUAAAAAGCCUUUCAGAACCUGCCUCUCUGAAUGACUAUGAAAGACCUGAUGGCCCAGGGAAAACAGACAUGGAAAAGACUGACCUUGCAAAUCACGUAAAGCCAAAGUGCGAUGUCUCUUCUGUUCAGGUCAAAAGGGCUUCCACAGCACAGCCCCGCUUAAAGGUGAAUUCUGACGUUCUAACCAAGUCCCCAGUCCAUCGAACUGUCUCUCCAGAUAGACAGGUACACAGGCCAACAGGAUUGCCCCGAAGGCAAAAUACGGUGCAGUUUAGUGAUGGCAGCAGUGACGAUGAGGAUAGACUUAUAAUAGCAACCUAGAUUUUGUUUUUCGUUGUGUUUAUUUUUUUAUAACACUUACAGGUUUCUUUGCAAACCUUCCUUUCCUUAAAGCACAUUUUUCUGACACAAACCCAUUACUAAUCUUUGUGCAAUCAUGAACUCUUGACCAAUAAUUGUUGUUUCUUGUCAGCUCCAGCCAUUUUUGUACAUGUUGUAUAGACGAUUGUGCCUUUUUGGAGUUUUAUGUUUAGAAACCUGUACAGAUUGUUGAAUAUAUAUAUAUAAAAUAUAUAUAUAUAAAAUAUGUAUAUUAAAACCAGGUAGUUGCUUGUGUUUAGUAAGUAAACAUCUUAUGUCAGAUAAAUAAAGGAUUAAAUUAUAUGUUGCACUGUUAAAUGUAAAUUUUUAUGGCUGUGGGACAAAGUUUCUGUGUACAGAUCUAGUAUGUAAAACUCCAUAUUUAUUGUAUCCAUAUUAGUCUUGGAAAAGGGUCUGUCCAUCUUUCUUGUGUAAGACGGUAGCUUUACACUUAAAAGAGAAAUACAGUAUCUGUGUUAUGGAAUAUUACAGUAAAAUUUUGUUUACUGACUUUA